AUGCCUGCCUCCCUUGUCUUCAUCACCGGUGCUACCGGUUUCAUUGGCAGCGCCACUGCCCUUGAAGCCCUAAAGGCGGGAUAUCGUCUUCGAAUUGGCGUCCGCAAGAGAUCAGAGAAGCUCGAAGAUGUACUGGCAGGCUAUCGCGACCAGCUGGAAUUCGUCACCAUCCCAGACCUAACCGAUGAAGCUUCCUUUAGAGGCAAGCUUGAUGGAGUGGACUAUGUCCUGCAUCUAGCAUCACCUCUUGCUCGUGGCACGGACCAGGAUGCCAUAUUCACUCCUGCAGUGAAGGGAACCUUGGCCUUGCUCAAGGAGGCAGCUAAAGUGCCAAGCAUUAAGAAGGUUGUGAUCACUUCGUCCAUCGCUUCCUUGAUUCCUAUUACCGGAGUACCCGAAGGUGGUGUCAUUAAAGAGGAUAAUGAUUGGAAUCUCAAUGUGGACCCAAAGGCCAAUUUUGUGGAUUCUAGCAAUCCUGAUGCAACACCGAUGACUCUGUACCGGGCAUCCAAAUUGCUUGCAAACAAUGCCACCUGGGAGUUCCGGGAGAGCGAAAAGCCACACUACUCGUUGGUUACCAUCCAUCCAGCUUUUGUUUUUGGUACCAAUCUCGUGCAAAACUCCGCCCAGGAAGUUGAAACAGGAUCCAAUGGUAUUCUCUGGGGUAGUGUGAUGGGAGGUGUUCCACUUGGCGGCAUCAGAGGAGUGCACAUCCAAGAUGUUGCUGAAGCUCACAUCAAGGCGUUGGACCCGAAAAUCAAGGAUGGCUCAAAGUAUCUGCUUUCCGCGCCACAAACCACCUGGAAAAACGUGGCUCGUAUUGCACUCAAGGCCUAUCCCAAUGUUGGCGCGAAGAUCACAGAGGAGGUUGAAGGAAUGCCUUCCAUGCUCACCGACACAACCAAGGCAGAAGUUGAACUUGGAAUCCAAUGGCGAUCUUGGGAUGAGAUCGUACGAAGCGUGAUGGAUCAGCAGCUGAGCUUCUUGCAAGGUUAA